UUGGCCAAAGGCAAAGGCAAAGGCAAAAGCAAUGUAUGUUGAUCAGCAAAACCAUAUGUGAAGCUAACACUCACAGUUGAUGCCCAACUCCCAUUCUUCUUCCUCCAUCCUGUGUCACCAUCUUUCUUCCCGGAGGAAACAGCACCAACAUUUCUGCUCUCUAAUGGACUCGCACAGGAUAUGUAGCUGCUAAUUAAGGUGCUUGCAAGUGGAGGAGGCGUGGAUGGGUUAGAUUAUUUGAGCCUGGAGCUUAUUCCGUUUGUUGGGCACGUGGGCCUUGAUUCAGAAACUCAUCAUGGACAGGCGUGGAUGGGUGCUGGGGUAUGGAUCACCCCAUGUCGAGGCGGCGGUAGAGAAUUUGAUCGAUUUCAUUGAGAAAACUAAAUAUAGUGUCAUAUAUUAUAAUGGAUGGCAUGGGUUGGCUGCUUCUGUGGUGCUUAGAGCUAUUAUCGAAGACCCUCCGCCGUCUCUGAUGAAGAAUUUCGACAAGAUCAUCCACGUCGAUUGCUCGAGGUGGAAAAGUCGAAGAGCACUACAAAGGAAAAUAGCCGAGGAACUGAAGCUUGCUGAAACUGUAAUGGCUAUUUUUGAUAAGCAAGAUGAAAAAGAUGAUUUGGAAGGGUUAGAUGAGGGAUCUCGAGCUGAGAUACAACAUGUUGUGCCAGUAAUCCAUCGAUCCCUACAGGAGCAUAGAUGUUUAGUGGUAUUUCAGAAUGGGAGCCACAACAGAGUUGACUUGAAUGAUUUAGGCAUUCCUCGAGCAGUGUUCGGCACUAGAAUAUUGUGGACUUUUAGAAGAAAGAUUCUGCCCAACUCAAGAAUUGAGAAAAAGAUGGACAAUUCAACUUUCUGUGUUUACGAAAGAGGUAGUCUCAGUCACAAGUUUUUUCUACAGGCAGAGGCUAGAGAAAUUGCUCGAUCUAUGGGAAAUCUUGCCAUCACCCCUGAAAUAGUGGCCGAGUGCUGCAUGUAUCUGUUGUCAUUAAUCUCUCGGGGUAGCGACAUUAUUGACUAUAAGUGGGCUACCCAUGCUACCAAAUAUUGGGUCUGCGAUGGCAUUGUACAAGGAGGUCAUGAUGAUGAAGCAUGGGAUGUUGGUACUGCUUUGCAUCAAUGGAUCGGAUUAGAGGACUGCUCAUUUGAUACAUUGGUAGAUUUUACUGAUAGUUUGGACGCCCAGAAACGUUGGAUGGUAAUGGUUGUCACCUCCACUAGUAUGGAAGAAAUAAAAAGGAUCGAGGCGGUGACUAUUCCUCCAGAGUCAACGUCCUUUUUCCUUGCAGUCCAAAGGGGAUCCAAUCCUCCAUUACCAUCAUUACCCGAUGGCAUGUUUCAUCAAUCGGAAAAUCUUCGUGUGCUCAGAUUAUGCAACUGCUCCUUCAAUUUUUCUUCACCUCCUUUCCGCUGUUGUCGAAGCUUAAGCUUCCUUGGAUUGGACAGCUGCAAGGAUCAACAAAAAGAAGAACCCGUGAAGCAAAGGAAACCAACUAUGGAAUUUUUUCACAGCCUAUGGGUGCUAGAUAUAUAUGACACAACUUGGGAACUGGCUCUGCCACAAGAGACAAUAGAGCAAAUGGCUGCAAACAUGAGGGAGGUACAUGUGAAGAAGGGAAGGAUUUGGUGCCGUAAUUUUUCAUGGCGACAACUACAGAACCUCCGCAAGCUUCGAAUAAUUGAACCUACAUGCUCUUGGGAAACAGAUGAACUGGAUGAAUUCACAAAUAUGGUAAAGUUGGAGCUCCUCGAUCUAUCUGGGAAUAGUACAAUGCAAGUUUUGCCAAGAGUAUCAGAGACAGUUGGUCUGAAGACUCUGAUUCUAGAUGGCUGUGUUCAGUUGGAGCAUGUUGGGCCUGAAGGACUCCCUCCUUCAAUUGAAUCAUUUAGCUUAAGUUUUAGUUCAAUCCAAGAAGCAAAAGUCUCCAAGAUCUCUUUGGUUGGUUGUGUGCAUUUGGAGAACUUCACAUUGCAUGGAGAAUUGCCGUGCCUUGAGGAGCUAGACCUAUCAAACACCUUAAUCAGGAAACUUGACUUGAGCAGUGAGGUGGUGCAGGUGCCUGAACUAGAGCGGCUCUUUCUGAUAGGCUGUGAAAACCUCCACGCAAUACUAUGGUGGAGCGUCAAAAGAAGGUUGAAAAUGCUACGCAUCAGCAAUCAAGGAAAGGGCGCCAUCAGGCCACAUGAUUCUUCACUUAUCUGCUGUGUUAACAGAAAAUAUGACGGUGAAGUUUAUGUUAGAGAUGCAAGGUUCAUCCUAUCGUUGGUGCUCGGUUUGUGGGAAAAACAUUCCAGGUUUUUGAUUACUGAUAGCCUAUACUUGAAUCUGUAUGGGUCUUUGGAGAUCAAAGCUGAAGGGAGAAGCAUUAAUAACGUGGGGAUUGAGACCCACGAUGAGCAGGUAGUUCGGCCAGUCCGAAGCCCCAUCAGAUGCUGCUACCAUGAUAUUGUACUCGAGGGGGGCGCUGAUUCUUAUGAGGUCCCACAGCCACUGCUUGUACCCCUGCACCGUCAUGUCGAGAUUGGUGAUGGAAUUAAUCUCACUGAUGUGGAUUCCGAUUGGGGAGUCAUAGCUAUUUUUCAAUUGAUAUGCCGGGCUCACUCAUUGCGCGUCCAUGACAAUUUUUCCAUGCUUGCUAUUGCCCCCAAACAAGAUUCUGUUGUCCUUAUAGGUGAACCUGCUCGUUUUGAUUUGAGAUGGUGCCAUGUCGACAAGUGUCCUAAGUUACAGGCAAUUUUUGUCCCUUAUAUCAAGGAGGUCAAUUGUUCCUUUCCUCACUUGGAGACCAUCUGGGUGACCGAUCUCCGAACGGCUGGCUGCAUUUGGAGCCAAGGAAUAAUGUGGGCAGUUCAGCAAGAAUUUGUCUUUGGACAACUGCGGAGCAUACACUUGCACAACUGCCCGAGGCUCAAGUAUGUCCUCCCAAUCUCAUCAUUCAUCUUACCCAGCCUGGAGACCAUCAAAAUAGUCAGCUGUGGUAGUCUCAGGCAGAUCUUCCCAUGGGACGUGAAUUAUGACGCUGGAAGAGAAGACACGGUGAAGAACUUUCCACAGCUAAAGCACAUCUACCUGCAUCAACUCCACAAUCUGGAGGUAAUAUGUGAAGACAAGAUGUUUGCUCCAAAGCUUGAGACCAUCAGGAUAAGGGGCUCUUGGGGCCUUAGGCGCCUCCCGGCGGUGGGCCUUCGCCGUGGAGUCAGUCUUCCUGUUGUAGACUGCGAGAAGGACUUGUGGGAUAACCUAGAGUGGGACGGGCUGGAGGCCGGUCACCACCCGUCACUCUUUAAGACACACCACUCACAGUACUACAAGAAGGCCCUUCCUCGAGUCUCAGUCCUCCGUUGAAUUGCUUUGAGCGUUCAGAUCUGGAGGCGGGAUGAUUUCUGCUGCUGCUGCUGCAACAACGGUUGAAUCAAGUGUUGGCUUGCCCAGUUGAAGUUGUGUUCAGUUUCCCAAGAAUAAAUUGGUGCUUGAUGUUGUGUGCGUGCACCUGAUUGAUCAUUUCUGUGUGUGUCUCCCCAGUGAGGAAAAGACGGUGCAUCAGCCACGUGGUUCGGUUUGGUUUGAUUUUUUUUCUUAUGUUUGUAUCUAAAAUAAGAGGGUCUGAUGUGCAUGUGGUGUGCCUAGCACAGCUACAAAACCCAUAGUGUGAGUGUUGCUUCCGUUGAUGCAUGACGACGAUUCAGCAGCAUGUUAGUGCUGCCUGAAAAGACUUAUGUAUUUUGAUUGAUUUGCAUUAUGUAUUUUGAUUGAUUUGCAUGA